AUUGACAGUGAUCAGUAAUGGAAGUGUUGCGUCUUCAAGUAUUAUCUGUGUUGUAUGAAUGCUUCACAUCUCAAGAUGUCUUCAGAUAUACGUGAAGCAGAGUUCGAUUUAGGUGGAAAACAAUGAAAUGAUAAGGAAGAUUUGAAACUUUUAGCGAAAUAAGAACGAGAAGACGAAAAGUUAUGUCAGAGAGGUUGUGUGAAAAAAGUAAGCGAAUAGCUCGUGAACCGUGGCAUCGUUAUAUCAUACCAGGAUACGACGUCGAAGAUGGUUUUCCGGAGUACCGUUUCAAGUGGGAACUGUUUGGUGAAGCUGCUUUCUAUUCACCAAUGAAUAUGUCCAUCCAACUGGCCACUUUCUCUUGUUUUUCUCGUGCUAUCUUGAGUGAUACGGAUUUACAAUCACUUAUUAAUGAACCACCAGUAGCAUCGAGCUCAAGCACCGGUCCAGUUUUGGACGUUUUCGAAUCCGAAGAAAAAGAUGGAUAUGAUACCGACGAAGAUAUUGCUCGAGAAAUGGCAGCAUUAGAUUUGCCAACAUCUUUCGGAAAUUCAAGUCGUGAAGAACGAAGUUGCCGUUGGUGUGAACGGAAAUACAAAAGUUAUCGUAUUCGAGUGAAAUCACCGCAUCAUGAGUGCUUGUCAGACUAUCUCUCCUGUAAUGGCCUCUAUCUGGAGCGGAAAUCGUGGUUCCAUGACUAUCCAGAAUCUUUUUCCACGACCCAAGUAGCUGAAAAAUUUGACGAAUAUACAGAUCGAAAUUGUGCACCAUACGCUUUGUUGAAAGAACACGAGCAAGCCAACGCGUUUUUUGGAAUUUCUUAUUCAAAAUUGGAUCAUAAAGAGGAGGAUUGCCCAGGGUGCUGGUUUCAUAUGAGGAAGAGUUCAAUUAGGAACCAAAUGGAAGAGAGUCCUGUAGAUCAUGAGAUGGAAGGCUCAGCUAAAGAUAAUGAAAAACGAUAUCCAUUUGAUAGUAAAGACAGACACCAGACUACGGAUGAAUUAUUCAAAACAGAUAGUGACUGGAACUCACUUUAUUUAAAACACAAAGAGGCUGUAGAAAAUCGUAUUGCAAAAGAUUAUGCGAAGUACACAAAUGGAUCACAUAAACGGCGAUGCUUAGAAUUUGUGGACAAGUUGGCCUCAGUUGGUUUAACUUAUAAAGAAGGAGUUUCGUCUAGUGAUGAGGACGAUGGAGAUUAUUUGGAGACAGGUAUUCCAGGAUUACAAAGACAACGUGGUUUUCAUAUCGCCGAUAUCCAUUAUGAUUUCCAAAUACCACACCGAUUUAUCCAAAAAAAUCGAAAAAGUCCAUAUACAAAUGAGGCUGGAGAUGAUAUUAACGAUUUUACCGUCAUAGAUGCAGAAAAUGCUUUUGAAUCGUCGAACUCUAUGCUCAAACACUUUGAUUUUGGCUACAAUGAUAAGCGCGACAAGUGCUUAUUGGCAAUAAAUGCACUGAAAACGUUCGCUGAUGAUAAAGACAUGCCCAAGUACUACAACCAGCGCUUUCGCCUUUUCUCGAAACUGAACAAAGGUAUUUUGAUGGAUCGUGAAGGAUGGUACUCGGUGACACCGGAAAGAGUCGCUGCUCAUAUAGCUGAUCGAGUUGUUAUUAUGAAAGAUACUAUAGUGUUAGAUGGUUUCGCGGGAGUUGGUGGCAACUGUAUACAAUUUGCCCUUAAAGGAGCUUAUGUGAUUGCACUAGAUAUGGACCCUGUUCGAUUGCGCUGUGCAAAACGAAAUGCUGAAAUUUACGGUGUCGCAGAUCGCAUUAACUUUAUUUGCAUAGAUUUUUUCAAUUUUUGUAAAUUUCACUGUGAUAAAGUGAAACAACUGAAAAUGGAAGUAAGAGCGAAACAAAAUGACACAUUCCGAUCUCUUGGAUACGAUACUUCGAAACUUUGGGAAAGGGGAAGGACAAGGACGGAAGUUGCAGGUGAUUUCGAGCAAGCUCAGAAAGCUGCUGCAGACGAUGAUGGAUUUGAAAUGGUGCAAAAGACUGAAGAUAGGAAAAUUGAAAAAACAGUGCUUGUUGAGACGGACACGGAUGAUGAGGACGACUUCGGGAUUGCUGUCGAUAACUGCGGUUAUAUGCCCGUUUUCGAUGCCGUUCUGCUUAGUCCACCAUGGGGUGGACCUUCUUACCUUAAGUCAAAGUUGUUCAGUUUGAAGAAUAUGGAACCAAAAGGCGACAAAAUUUUCCGAAUUACGCGAAAGCUAACUCAUAAUAUUGCUUAUUAUUUGCCAAGGCAAACAGAUUUGAAGGAGUUAGUCCAACUUUCGAAGGAUACUGGAGGGAUGGUUGAGAUUGAACAGGCUGAAGUAAACCGAAAAGUCAAGGCAAUAACUGCAUACUAUGGCGAACUUGCCUGUGAUGCUUCAUGUCACAGAAUCAAGUUAUUAUUACGAGGCGCAUUGUCAUCGAGAAUCCCGUCUGAAUAAUUUUUAGAAAAGGCUGCGUUAUUUAAAGCAUUCUUUAGAUCGGCUGAUAUGUUGUGAUUUAUGCAUUUUGUAGUGUUAAACAGUGGCCUUUUACCUUCUUCAUACAAUUUUCGCUUAAUGUUGAUCGUCAUACAUAAAUCACCUCAUUAUUGUUUAUGC